AAACGACCCGUAUUCCACAGCCGUGCUCGCUCGCCUCAAACUAGAAAGACAAAAGAGAUUUAGAACGACCUGGGUCAAAAAAACCCCAGAAAAUAUUAGGGUUCAAAACAGCAAAUUUCUCCGUCUCCCCAAUCAAAAUCAAAAUCAAAUUCCCAAAUCAUCAUGACGGAGUAUUGGGUAAGCCAAGGCAACAAAUGGUGCGAUUUUUGCAAGAUAUUUAUAUCAAACAACCCUACAAGUAUCCGAAACCAUGAACUUGGCCAACGCCACAAAGAUAAUGUCGCUAAAAAGCUUGAUUCUAUGCGGAAAGAUAACAUCGCCAAGGAGAAACAGCAGAAAGAAGCUGCCCGUGCUCUCGAGCAGAUCGAAGCUAAAGCAAAUCGGAGUUAUCAAAAGGAUGUGGCGAAUCUUAAGGAGGCAAGUAGUCUUCGUGCAUUGGAUAUACAAGAAGAUGGUCAAGAGACUCUUAAUGAUGACAGAGUGGGAUUAUGACAGCACUUCAGGCUAUUAUUACAAUCAAAGCAAUGGUUUACACUAUGAUCCAAACUCAGGCUUUUACUAUUCUGAUGCUAUAGGCAAGUGGGUGACGCAAGAAGAAGCGUAUGCUGCGGUUCGGAUUUCAUCAGGCUCCAGGAAUAAAGAAUCCAGUUUUAAAAAGCCUUUGCCAGCAUCAGCUGUCAGUUCGGUAAAAGAAAAUAAAGUCGCUGCUCAAAGUGGCCCUCCACCUGGUCCGGUAGUUUCAGCUUCUUUAAAUCCUAGAAGAUCUGUUAAAGGCGCUCCUUCAAAAUUUGCUGUUAACAAGAGGAAGAGGCCAGAUGAAAAGCCAAAGGCUGUAUCUGUAGAAGAAAAGGCGGCACUUAAAGCUAGGGAAGCUGCAAGGAAGAGGGUCGAGGAGAGGGAGAAAUCAUUGCUUGGCCUUUACCAACACUGAUUUAGAGCUUCCAAGCAAGCACAUUCUGUAUCCUGAAUAUUAAGGAUAUGGAGUUUUACGCGACAGCAGAUGGAACACAAUGGAAACUUCUUUUGCAACCUGCAUAAAGUGGCUGUCCAUAGUGUUUCAGGUUAUAAUCUGGUCUUUUAUUGCCAUCUGCUCCUAUACGAGGAAUGCUAGGUUUCUAAAAAUGUGGUGAAUGAGGAAACACGAAUAUUAUAAUGUCUGUAACCUUGCAAUCAAAAUGUCAGCUCUGUAUUCUUUUUGAUAAGCAAAUUGACCGCUCAGUUAUGUAAGAUCAUUGUUUCCUUCUGUAGAACGGUGGGAUUGGAGGCAUGUGACUCCUGUGCCAUUUGGAUGAUAGCCCUUUUGGAACUGGAUGUUGCAAUGAAGGAGUGAGUAUUUUUUUUUCCAA